GGUCUCCAUGAGCGAGGGCCAGGAGGCGCGUGGACGCGUGGGGCGCACCUGCUCGCGGAGCUCACACGAGGGGCUUCCACCAUCGUCACCAUCACCGUCGCCGUCGCCGUCACCGUCGACGCUGUCGUACCGGGACGAGGUGCGGCAGUACCGGCGCGAGAAGUGCCGCGUGGCGCAGCAGCUGCUGGGCGCAGCGCGCGCUCCCGCGCCGCCCGUGCACGCUGGCUGGCUGAAGGUGCGCGGGACGCUGCGUGGAUGGAGCAAGCUGUGGUGCGAGUUGCGCCCCGGCCUGCUGCUGCUCUACAAGACCGAGCAGGCCAAGAGGAGUCACUGGGUGGGCACGAUCCUGCUGACCAGCUGCCGGCUGAUCGAGCGGCCCAGCAGGAGGCAGGGCUUCUGCUUCAAGCUCUUCCACCCGCUGGAGCGGAGGAUCUGGUCAACGCGAGGACCUGAUGGCGAGACAGUAGGAGCUGUGGUCCCGCCGCUGCCCCAGGGCUCGCUCAUAUUCCGCUCGGCUACGGAGGGCGCGACCCGAAGCUGGCUGCACGCGCUGGAGCUGUGCAUGACCUGGUCACCAGCGGCACAGUGCGCCCGGCAGGUCACCGGCACACAGCGGACGACAAAGCCGCUGACCGACGUCGGACCAGUGCCCGCGGUCGACGAAGACUCGCCGCCUCAGACCGGGACCGGCUCGUCGGAGGGCGUGGAAGAGGACGAGCAUGAGCGGAUGACUCCCGAGGUCCCCGACGGCAGUCAGCUGCCGCCCGAAACGCCUUACGUCGAACAAGAGCCACUUAAUUUGGCCGGCCGGGUCGGUCACAGCCAGACACAGGAGCUGGCGGACGAGCUGAAGAGCCUGGUGUGGACGCUGAUGAAGCAACUGCGGCCCGGCAUGGAUGUCAGCCGUAUUAAGCUGCCCACCUCGGUGUUCGAGCCGCUGUCCUUCCUGGUGAUGACUGCCGACUGCGCCAACCACGCCGAUUGCCUGAGCAGGGCGGCACAGAUGGGCGACCCUUACGUAAGGAUGAAAGGGAUUGUCGAAUGGUACUUCAGCAUGAUGUGCCAGAAGACCAUGCGUCUGAAGAUACCAUACAAGCCGAUUAUCGGUGAGACGUUUCGAUGUUUCUGGAAGCACCCGAAUGGUUCCAGGACGUAUUACUUCGCGGAACAGAUAUCACGGCACCCUUGGAAAACUGCUGCCUUCAUUUCCAACAGACCGGACGACUUCUGUAUAUUUAUUACCGCAAGCAUAACGGGAAGAUUUUAUGGCAACUCGGCAGCGGCCGUGCCAGAAGGAACGCUGACGGUGCGGCUGCUCUCGCGGGAGGAGGAGUACCACGUGACGCUGCCCCACAUCCUGUGCAAGAGCUUGCUGAUCGGCACCGUGUCGCUGGAGCUCGGCGGCAAGGCAGCCAUCGAAUGCCCGCGCACCGGCUACGUCGCCGACCUGGAGUUUAAGCUCAAGUCCAUGUGGGCCGGUCCCAGCGACUUCAACAAGGUCGCGGGCAGGAUCCGGCUGGGCCAGCAGACUCUGGCCACGAUUGACGGCAAGUGGGACGGCGACGUGUUUCUCACCGACAAACACACGAACGAGCGGGAGCUGCUCUGGAGCCCGACGCCGGAGACCCGGGCCCGGCGUCUGCCUCGCUUCACCGUGCCGCUGGAGGAGCAGGCGCCGCACGAAUCCGAGCGGCUCUGGCUCCGGAUGUCGGAGGCCAUCCAGCGGCAGGACCAGACGGCGGUGGCGGAGGAGCGCUUCACCGUGAUGGAGGCACAGCGGGAGGCGAUCCGCAACAGGGCAGCAGCGGGCGUGCAGCACACGCCGAAGUACUUUGACGAGGACCCUGUGACGGGGCGGUACACGUAUCGGUACGCCUGCCUGCGGCCGUGGGACCCAUGCACCGAACUGUCCCAGUACGAGGCCGAGUACCGGCUGCUGACCCAGCGGCGAGCCGUGCAGCCACCCACCGCCGCCGGCGCCGCCCGAAGCGGGACGCCGGGCCAGGCUGAGAGGACCACUGUCGGUGAGGAGCCAGACGGUCUGAAACUGAUCAGGCCAGCGCCCACCCAGCAACGCUCAGAGGGUGAGAAAACUUACGCCCAGGCAGCAAGGCGUCGGGAACUCAGCUCAGCAGUGCAUGGCAGCUAUUUUGAGAAGCUGUUGGGCUCCUCCCGGAAGUAG